UCCCGCCUGUCUUCGCGUCCGCGGCGGCCCGGACCGCGCGCGCCACCUCACGCUAGUCCUCAGGCAGCCCGCGUCUGCCCUUACGGCGCGCGCCCGGGCCCGGCCCCGGCUCCCCACUCGGGCCGGCUGGCUCGCGGGUUCUCUCGCCCCGCCCCGCUCGGCGCCGCCGCUGGGCGCUUGCGCGGGGCGCGUGGCCGUGGUCGGGGUCUCCGCCGCAGCUCGAGCGGCCGCCGCCGCCUCAAUCAGUCAGUUAGUCCCCAGCAAUGGCGGACGGAGGUGAGCGUGAGGAGCUGCUCUCGCCGUCGCCGGUCUCUCCGGCCAAGCGGCUGUGUUCGUGGCCCAGCCCGCAAGCUCACCACCCUCGCGGUUCGCCCGGGGCAGCCGGCGGAGGGGCGGGGGGCGUCGGCAGCAGCUGCCUGGCCCUCGGGGCCCGCCCCCACCUGCAGCCGGAGUCCUUACUGGACUGCGCCGCCAAGACGGUGGCGGAAAAGUGGGCGUACGAACGAGUGGAGGAGGGCUUCGAGCGGAUCCCGGAGCCCGUGCAGCGCCGUAUCGUCUACUGGUCUUUCCCGCGGAAUGAGCGAGAGAUCUGCAUGUACUCCAGCUUCCAGUACCGGGGCGGCCCCGGCGCCGGCGCGGCUGGUGGCGCCUUGGGGGCUCCGCCGGCCGAGGAGGGGCCGCCACCACCCCCCGGGGCCGCCGCUCCGGCCGGCCCCGCCCCCGGGACUGUCGCGGGUGGGGCAACCCCUGGGCUAGGCUCAGGGGCCGGCGCGGCCAGCUGCGGUGGCGAGGGGCUCCCGUUCCGCCGGGGCAUCCGUCUGCUGGACAGCGGCUCCGUGGAGAACGUGCUGCAAGUCGGCUUUCAUCUGAGUGGCACAGUAACUGAGCUGGCCACUGCUUCUGAACCAGCAGUGACUUACAAAGUUGCAAUCAGUUUUGAUAGAUGCAAAAUCACCUCAGUGACAUGUGGCUGUGGGAACAAGGACAUAUUCUACUGUGCCCAUGUGGUAGCACUCUCACUCUACAGGAUCCGUAAACCAGACCAAGUCAAAUUGCGUCUUCCUAUCUCUGAAACCCUUUUCCAGAUGAAUAGGGACCAGCUACAAAAGUUUAUUCAAUAUUUAAUCACGGCACACCACACUGAAGUUCUUCCUACUGCGCAGAAACUGGCAGAUGAGAUUCUAUCUUCCAACUCAGAAAUCAACCAAGUAAACGGUGCCCCUGACCCCACAGCUGGGGCCAGCAUUGAUGAUGAGAACUGUUGGCAUUUGGAUGAAGAACAGGUGAAAGAACAAGUGAAGCUUUUUCUCUCCCAGGGGGGUUACUGUGGCUCUGGAAAGCAACUCAACUCAAUGUUUGCCAAGGUUCGAGAAAUGCUGCGGAUGAGAGAUUCUAAUGGAGCAAGGAUGCUGACGCUAAUAACUGAGCAGUUCAUGGCUGACCCACGACUCACAUUCUGGAGGCAACAAGGAACAAACAUGACAGACAAGUGCAGGCAGCUCUGGGAUGAGCUAGGGGCUUUAUGGGUGUGCAUAAUUUUAAAUCCACACUGCAAACUGGAGGAGAAAUCUUGCUGGCUGCAGCAGCUGCAGAAGUGGAGCGACCUGGAUGUCUGUCCCCUAGAGGAUGGAAACUAUGGACAUGAGCUGCCAAACAUCACCAAUGCACUUCCCCAGCAUGCCAUUCACAGCCCAGACUCCUUAUCCAGACCAAGACGAACAGUAUUCACUAGAGCCAUUGAGGGCCGUGAAUUACAUUGGCAGGACAGCCACCUACAGCGAAUAAUCAGCAGUGAUGUUUAUACAGCGCCUGCCUGCCAGCAAGAAAGUGAAAGACUACUCUUUAAUUCCCAAGGCCAGCCACUGUGGCUUGAGCAUGUGCCUACAGCCUGUGCUCGGGUUGAUGCCCUACGUUCUCAUGGUUAUCCAAAAGAGGCCCUCAGACUCACAGUGGCCAUUAUUAAUACUUUGAGGUUGCAGCAGCAGCAGCAACUGGAAAUCUACAAGCAUCAGAAGAAAGAACUAUUGCAGAGAAGAACCACAACCAUCACAAACCUGGAGGGCUGGGUGGGCCACCCUCUGGAUCCCAUUGGCUGCCUGUUUCUCACUUUGACUGAGGCCUGCCGCCUGAAUGAUGAUGGCUAUCUGGAGAUGUCAGAUAUGAAUGAAAGCAGACCCCCUGUGUACCAGCAUGUACCUGUGGCUGCAGGCUCCCCAAACAGCAGUGAGUCCUACCUGUCAUUGGCCCUGGAAGUUGCAUUGAUGGGCCUGGGUCAACAGAGGGUAAUGCCUGAAGGCCUCUAUGCACAGGACAAGGUGUGCCGUAAUGAGGAGCAGCUCCUGAGCCAACUUCAAGAGCUGCAGCUGGACGAUGAGCUAGUGCAAACAUUGCAAAAACAGUGCAUCUUACUGCUGGAAGGGGGCCCUUUCAGCGGUCUGGGAGAAGUCAUCCACCGAGAGAGUGUUCCCAUGCAUACCUUUGCCAAGUAUUUGUUCUCAGCUCUGCUGCCUCAUGACCCAGACCUGUCCUAUAAAUUAGCCUUACGUGCCAUGAGGUUACCUGUUUUAGAAAACUCAGCUUCUGCAGGCGACACAUCCCACCCUCACCAUAUGGUGUCUGUGGUGCCCAGCCGUUAUCCUCGCUGGUUCACGCUUGGACACUUGGAAUCACAGCAGUGUGAACUGGCCUCCACCAUGCUGACUGCUGCCAAAGGAGACACUUUGAGACUCCGAACAAUUCUGGAAGCAAUACAGAAGCACAUUCAUUCUUCCUCCCUUAUCUUCAAACUGGCCCAAGAUGCAUUCAAGAUUGCUACUCCCACUGACAGUAGUACUGACAGCACUCUGCUCAACGUUGCCCUGGAACUUGGGUUACAGGUGAUGCGGAUGACCUUAUCAACCCUUAAUUGGAGACGCAGGGAGAUGGUACGAUGGUUGGUGACCUGUGCUACAGAAGUGGGUGUGCGGGCCCUGGUGAGCAUCUUGCAGAGCUGGUACACACUCUUCACCCCUACUGAGGCUACUAGUAUUGUAGCUGCCACAGCUGUAUCCCACACCACUACCCUGCGCCUCAGUCUUGACUAUCCACAGCGGGAGGAACUGGCCAGCUGCGCUCGCACACUGGCCCUGCAGUGUGCUAUGAAGGAUCCACAGAGCUGUGCCCUGUCAGCCCUUACACUCUGUGAGAAAGACCACAUUGCCUUUGAGGCAGCCUACCAGAUUGCCAUUGAUGCUGCUGCUGGUGGCAUGACCCAUUCACAGCUGUUCACCAUUGCCCGCUACAUGGAGCUCCGUGGUUAUCCACUACGUGCCUUCAAGCUGGCCUCAUUGGCCAUGAGCCAUCUUAACCUGGCCUACAACCAGGAUACUCACCCAGCCAUCAAUGAUGUGCUCUGGGCUUGUGCUCUCAGCCACUCUCUGGGCAAGAAUGAGCUGGCAGCUCUCAUCCCCCUGGUGGUGAAGAGUGUGCACUGUGCCACAGUGCUUUCAGACAUCCUACGACGCUGCACAGUGACUGCACCUGGCCUGGCCGGCAUCCCAGGCCGCCGCAGCUCUGGAAAGCUCAUGUCCACUGACAAAGCUCCACUGCGCCAGUUGCUGGAUGCCACCAUCAAUGCCUAUAUCAACACUACACACUCACGCCUAACACACAUCAGCCCUCGCCACUACGGAGAGUUCAUUGAGUUUCUAAGCAAGGCUCGGGAGACCUUCCUGCUGCCCCAGGAUGGCCACCUGCAGUUUGCCCAGUUCAUUGACAACCUCAAACAGAUCUACAAAGGCAAGAAAAAGCUGAUGCUGCUGGUGCGAGAGCGCUUUGGCUGAGAAAGCAGAUAGCUCACUGCCAGGGCAGCCUGGGUUCCCAGGUAGUAUCAGGUCAGACCAAGGACACUGAAACAUUUGUUCACCCUGAGAGGACUCUGAGCACCUAUGGCUGAGGCCAAAGGACCACACGGCUAAGGAUGGGGAGAAUCCAACUCUAGUCGAUAUGCCUACCUUGGCAAGCUUCUUGCCACAGCCCACUGUUCAUGGAUGAGCUGAGCCCUGCAGAUCGACCAGAAACCCCACAACAUGCCACCUCAUGCCCCUAUAUCCUGCAUGUCCUGGGCAUUGGCCUUGACUCCCUUGGCAAACACAGAACACUGUUCCGUCUCAGGGAUUGCUUAACCAGAGAAACAGACAUUUAUGGUACUGUAAAUACUAUAGCAUAUGUGUUGCCAAUUAUUGUAAAGUUGUAACUAUUUAUAAUUCUGGUUCUGAUUUGAUGGGCACUUGAAGUAGCUAUGGGUGGGAGGAUAUGCUUAUUUUCUGAGGAGACUCACAACCAUUUCUCAGGUUUCCCUUGCAAAGUGUAUGCUGGUAGCAGUGGAAGAGUGGGGUUGCCAAGGAGAAAAAUGGCCAGUUAGAAUCAAUCCCAAGUCUAGUCUAUGCAGAAUCCCCUGCCUACAGACGGCAUUUAUAGCCCAGUGAUGGGUAAGGGACAGAGGCCAGGACUGGACUUAGACAUUAAAGCUCCUGCCUCACACAGCCUCUUCAGGAGCCUGCUGAACACCUGUGAAACAAGUGCAGGGAGAAGAUGAAGGUCUGGGAAGCCACUGGGUUCAUAAUAUUCAUCUACUCUGGUCAUCUUUGUGUUAGAGAGUAUGUGGUUUCAUCUAUUAUCAUGUGUGUGUGUAUCUGUAUGGCUAAGUACCUGUGUCUGUGCAUAGAUAUAUCUGUGCAUGCCUGUCUGUAUGUGCACAUAUAUGUGUGUGUAUCUGUUUCAGUUUAUGGCUGUAUUCCUGUGUGAAUAUGUGCGUACCGGACUGUGGGUUUCUGUGUGAGGAUAUACACAUUUUGCACACAUGUGAGGAUGCACAUCUAUGUGUAAAUGCACUGUUUGUGCAUGUUUCGUGUGUGUAUAUGGGCACACGAGUGCAUGUGUAUAAAUACAUUUGUGUCUGUGUGUAUGCUUGAACUACACAGUAGUUCAACUCUGAAACUUUUAUUGUCCCAUGCAUCCAUGUCCUUAUAUGUGUAACUGAGUGUUUCUGCAUGUAGGGAUGUCUGUGUAUUCAUGCUUAAGGAUCUGCCUGAAUGUGUCCUUUCUUUUUGCCAGAUUUCUCUGCCCCAUUCCUCUUAAAUCUGUCUCACCAGCUAAACGUUUGUUCCCCAUCUCUGUGCCUCCUCUGUUCAUUCUCUCACCAAACAAGCUUCUAAGCACCAGUCUCCCUCUGCCAUCAGACUGGCUGCUUUAGCUCCAUGGUUCUCUUCUCGCCCCAUACUUGCUUUCUCCCCCUGCUUUCUACCUCAAGCUUCCUCUGCCUGCUCUUGUCACAGUCUUAUUACUCACUGACUUGAGCCUUGUCCUGGGAAGCAGGGCUGGUCUGCACUUAAUCUCUCCCUUCCUAAUUUCUAGCCCCAGUGGGCAGCCCUGUCUUAGCCCUGGCAGACCUCCACAGUGUAUCAUGUUCCUGCUACCUUCCUGACCACUAUGUUCAGCCUGGAAUUGUUAUAGGAGGUAGCAAUGGCAUUCAGAAGAGUCAGUUGGAUGCCACUGUCUUGGUGUUAACUGUUUUAUGUCUUAGUUCCUGAGUUGGGGGUGGGAGUUGAUAGGGAAAGGGUGGUAUAGCUAGACUGUGAACUAAGAACUUCAUCCACUUUACUUUUUUUUCUUUUUUUUUGACAAACUGUCACCUUUUUUACUCCAAACUGACCAAGAAGUUGUAUUUGCCGUUUGUGGCUACUCAAGUCUUACUGUCCAGCCAAGGGCCCCUACGUCUCAGCCCAAUGGGUUGGUUAAAAAGAGAGAAGCCACUCUCAUUUCUGUAUCACAGUUGCCCUUUUUUAGCAAGUGUGUGAAUUCACAGUGCUUUUCUAUGAAUAAAUCGUGGAUCACAUAAAAGAUCAUUUUUCUAAAAGCA